GCAGCGAGUUGACUGAUAGGAGGCAGCGGAAGGGCUGGGAAGUCCUGGAAGGGCCCGUGAAGUGCAUAAAAAUUACCAAGAGACAGGGCAGGGGGAAGGAAUGCGUGGAGACUCCUCUCCUCUGUUCCACGGGGAAGGACAAGAGCCUGAACCACAAAGCGAAACGCGUCGGAGGCGUUAACGGCCAGACGGUGCGGCUGGUUUUGAAGAAGGAAGACGUUCUCGCAAUCCGGUGCGAGAAAUGAGGAAGCGGUGCGCGCACGCUUUUGGAAAGGAGGGUAUCCAGACCAAGCGAGGGGAGGAUUCUACUACAAUCCAGGGAGAGGAAACAUAUAAAACUAAGGUAAGGCAUUCGUUGUAAGAUCCUAACAGCUCUGGGAGGACAGGAGGCGCGAACUGCAGCACGCAGCUUACCGAGAAGCGCGGCAGAAAGAACAGAGCAGAAAAUGUAAAGAGUCCAAAGGGCAAAUCUGGGUGUUUGCUCAUGAAGAAGUGUUAGGAGUUUGCGCCAGGUUCGGGACUAGACAGAUUUAAAGCCUGUUGGGUCAAAACUUUUGCUCAAGGAUCCACAAACAAUAUAACCUCAGUCUGACGGAAUUGCCGCCUCUCCCCCCUCCCUCCGACCACGUCCUGGCCUCGUUCAGUUUUAUAUACGGCUUCCCUUUAGAGGCGGCUGCUCUUCACCUGUUGAAUAAGCGGAGCUGUAGCAGAGGGGAUCUCUCUCCAGCUGGAGACUGCUGUUCUAUUGCAGAGGGCGAUAAAGACAGCGUGAUUUUACGGACAGAAAAGGAAUCGGGAUUAUUCCCUGAACGCUGCACUAUUGCCACGUAGCUGCUUUUUGAGAGCAGAGGUGCACCGGUGGAGAACGCCUGAGCUCUCGCUGCGUUUUUGGAAAUCAUAAGCUGAGUCUUUAUCAACAUUUGGAGGAUGGGCAUUUUCGUGGAAAAUCAACCCGACACUUUUCCAAACUUCAGCGUAACAAUUCCAGUCCACCAACUUAAAAAAGAAGGCGGCAAAAUGUAAUUUGCACGUGUUCUUUUAUGCAGGGAGAAUCUUCAACGUCCAGCGUCUUAUAACAGAGGAGAUGGUGCGAGCGAACACAAGGAGCCGAUUCAGCCGUCCGCAUUUCACCAUCCUCUGAAUUCUCUGAGCGCCUCUGCUUAAAGGCACAGCCAGCCUCGAGUCCAGCAAAGUCUCAGAGGCCGACAAGAAAUCCACAUUAUCGAUUGUGAGCGGCAGUCCAGCAAACGGUGUUCUGGGGUUGCUAGAAAUGGUCCCAAGUUGGCACGUUGGUUUUUUAAGCCCCCCCUAGCCUGGAGGGAAAAAAAUUCCGGAUAUUUGUGUGGAACUUCUCGGGAUAGCAGAUGCGCUGUUUACAAUGCCGAUCUCCUGUCAGCAUCGCUCCGGACCAAGGAGGAAGGACUCGUUCUCGGGCUUCGUAAAGUAUUUGAGGAACGUCCGAUCUCUGAACACCCCUUGCCGGGCGACAAAAUGGCAGCGCCUCUGAACACGUCUGGAUCUGGCAACGAGUCUACCCAGCCGGCCACUGCGGAGGAGCACAGGUUCCACUGGGCCGCCCUGCUCAUCCUGAUGGUCAUCAUCCCAACGAUUGGCGGGAACAUCCUGGUCAUCCUGGCCGUCUCGUUGGAGAAAAAGUUGCAAUACGCCACCAAUUACUUCCUCAUGUCUCUGGCGGUGGCCGACUUGCUGGUCGGGCUGCUUGUGAUGCCGAUAGCCCUUCUCACUGUGAUGUCCGAGAUCGCCUGGCCCCUCCCGCAGGACCUGUGCCCCGUCUGGCUGUUUCUUGACGUCCUCUUUUCGACGGCCUCCAUCAUGCAUCUCUGCGCCAUCUCGCUGGACCGCUACGUUGCCAUCAAAAAGCCCAUCCAAGCCAGUCAGUACAACUCUCGGGCCACGACCCUCAUCAAAAUAACCGUCGUGUGGCUGAUUUCAAUAGGCAUCGCCCUUCCGAUCCCCAUCCGUGGACUCGGGGAGGAUACCGCGACUCUCACAAACUUCACCUGCCUGCUGACGCCCCAACGUUUUGGAGACUUCAUCCUGUACGGCUCGGUGGCCGCCUUCUUCAUCCCGCUAGCCAUCAUGGUUGUGACUUACUUCCUGACCAUCCGGGCGCUGCGCAAGAAGGCCCACUUGAUCAACAAGCUGCCGCAGCGCUUGAACUGGAGCGCCGUGUCGACGGUUUUCCAGCGGGACGUGACGCCCAGCUCGUCGCCGGAAAAGCUAGCCAUGUUGAACGGCUCGAGGAAAGACAAGGCUUUGGCCAAGGGAAACGAAGAGCUGCUCAUGCGCCGGAUGUCCACGAUGGGGAAGAAGUCGGUCCAGACCUUGACGAACGAACAGCGGGCCUCUAAGGUCCUGGGGAUCGUCUUCUUCCUCUUUCUGUUGAUGUGGUGCCCGUUCUUCAUCACCAACAUCACUUCCGUCCUCUGCAAGUCCGCCUGCAGAGAGCGGAUUAUCCAGAAGCUGAUGGAGAUAUUUGUUUGGAUAGGGUAUGUGUCAUCUGGCGUGAACCCGCUGGUCUACACCCUGUUCAAUAAGACCUUCAGGGAGGCGUUUGGCAGGUACAUGACCUGCAACUACCGGACCUCGCUGACCGCGCGGGGCCUUAGGAAAUGCUCCAGCAGGCUCUCUUUUAGAAAUUCCGUCGCGGAAAACUCAAAGCUUUUCAUGAUGCAUCACGGGAUGCGGAACGGGAUCAGCCCGGUCGUGUACCAAAGCCCGAUCCAGUCCUCGUCGGCCAUUCUGUUGGACACGCUGCUGCUGACGGAGAACGAGGUCGACAAGACCGAAGAACAAGUCAGCUACGUAUAGCGAUGUGGGGCUGGGCUCAGGACCCGUCCCCUGAAUGCCAUGUAUCAGUACGGACCUAUGGUUUUCGCCCAUUGUUUAUACAAGACCCCAUUCCAGUUCUAGCAACUCAUCUCCUUUAAGACGAGAGGCUCAUCCUGCCCUGAAUCACCUGUCAAAUUUAAGAGCUAUUUAUUCUGUUGCCCAACAUAUUGAAGCAUUGCAUUAGUUUUACA